CUUGCCAACGUCCAAUACCAGGCUGAAGUUGCCAAUUGGGUCAUCGAAUGUACGUGUCCCUGAAAUAUGAUCGAUUAAUUUUGCCGUACGACUACUUCCAUCCUUAUGUAUUGUUAAUGCGCCGGAAUUUCGCUGUUGUGAUAUCAUUCCGAAGUCCGAUUCAAAGUAUUAUCAGCUUGUAGUUGACAGGUGUAUCAACGAACGAAAGCCAGAUGGAGACGCACUCUGUGGAUCGACCAGCCGAACAGGCCCAGGUAUAUGCCUCGUAUGGAAAAGCUUGUUUAUAUUGUGUGAAAAGCAAGACGAGAUGCGUUAGCAUACCGAACGGACCCAAGUGUGAAAGGUGUCAACGCCUCAAAAAGGAUUGCCAACCCGCAUCAACAGUUCGCAAGAAGCGGGUUUCCAAGAGACCGGCAGCAUCUGUAUCCGCAAAGACAGCUGCAUUGGAACAAAAGCUUGAUAGUAUUGUGCAGAUACUUCAACGCUCUCAAGGAUCCAUUACUGGCGCCGCCCAACAACAGAUAGCAGUUCCAACACAGAACCCCGAUGCCAGGACAUUCACUGGCCAGGCUUCAAAUUCAAAUGGUACAGUUAAUGCUAGUGAACCAUCACUUAUUGAGGGAAACAAUGGGACCGGCUCUAGCGUCGAUAUUGAUGUCAGGAGACUCUCAGUGGAUUCUUCCCACUUCGGAAAUGAAACGGAACAGCGACCUCAAUUGUGCGGGGUUUCAAAGGAGGGAUGUCGAGAAUGUCCCAAUGGGCACCCAACGCCAGCAGCCUCGAGAGUAAGUGGCUCCAGUGUUGCAGAAAGUCCCGAUUCGGUGGACAACUUUCCUCUAGAGAGCGACGCGGAGCUCGAAGAGACCCUGGAGACGUAUCGGACGAAGAUGGUGCAUAAUUUUCCCAUCGUCUGUAUCAGGCCUGAUGUUACUGUUGAUGAGAUGAGAUUACAACGCCCAUUCCUAUUUCUCGUCAUCCGGGCAAUCUGCAGUAAGAACCUCCGUCGCCAAGAAGCACUGGUUGUGGAAGUCAAGAAGACUUUGGGGAGGGAGAUGCUGCUUGAGGGUACUAAAACCCUAGAUCUAUUCCUGGGCGUCCUGGUGUUUGCAGGCUGGUGCCACUACUAUAUAUGCAGUAAACCUAUCAUCUCGACUAUUAUUCAGCUCGGAAUGUCGCUUGCUUUUGAUCUUGGACUUACGAAGCCUUUGCUGGGUGAGCAUGUUGAUGUCAUGCGACAUUAUAUUAUUGCGCAUGGGUGCCCCAAGAGGUCAAGUGGCCCAGUUAGGGUCGUGACCAUGGAAGAACGAAGGGCGGUAGUUGGUCUUUACCUUGUUAGCUCUGUGGCCUCCAACUACUUCCAGCGUACCGAACUCAUGCGGUGGACGCCAUACCUUGGUGAAUGCUUGCGAAUUCUGGAAGAGAAUAAGGAUUACUCCACCGAUCUUUUGCUUGUUCACUUAGUACGAGCACAGUUGAUCUGCAACAAGAGUGCAACAUCAACAUGGGACGAUAUGUUUGGAGACACAUCAAACCAAGUCCCACCAAACUUCUACGCCAAGUCUCUAAAGUCUCAACUUGACGAUCUGGAGCGUUCCAUUCCAGCAGAAAUAAAACCAAAUGCAAUCCUCCAGCUUCAUAUUCACGCCACCUCCCUCACAAUACACGCCCAUUGCCUCGCCUACACACCACCUCCUCCCUUCCCCGACCCCGCCGCCCAACUCCAGCGCCUCGAAAGCCUCUGGGCCACCUUCACAGCAGUUAAAUCCUGGUUCGGCGUUUUUCUCUCCCUCGACGCCUUCCCGCUCGCACGCUACCCCCACGUCUCUAUCGCGACACUAACGCAGCUCGGUCACUGCCUUGCAGCGUUGUACCGCCUUACUACGUUCGAGUCGGCGGACGUGGCAUGGUGUGGAGGUAGGGUGAGAGCAGAGCUUGAUAUUGGGGAUGUGACGAGGCUGCUGGCGGAGAGGUGGGAUGCGGUGUCGCGAGCGGAUUGGGGUGGGGAAGGGUUGGAUCCGUGGCCGCAUGCGACGAAGAGAGCGUUGGGGAUCGGGAGCUGGUGGGAGGCGAAGGUGGCAAAGCUUGGACCGCGGGAUACUGAUUUGGCGAGUGGCGUGGGGGCAAAAGUCAUCGAAGCAGUGGCUAGACAGGGUAUGCCUGUGCACCAGUCGGUUGAGCCGUUGGAGUUUGAUGAUGCUGUCGAUAUUGAUAUCUUGGAUGAUCCGUGGAUGAUGGAUUUACUCGGGGGAGGAUACGAUUUUAAUAUGGAGACGCAACCGUGGUAGGAUACAGGUCGUUUUGGAAUGGGAGUUGAAGGUCGGGGAGUUUAAAUUUACUGGACAAGGAUAUUCGGUGUUGUAGUAUAGGCUUAUUGGGAUAAUAAAUCGUGUGGAUAGUAG